AUGGAUAUUGAUAUGAAUUCAUCAAUGACUGUUGAUUCUUUAUUGAAUACAUAUCCUUCAUUAAAACGACUACCUGAUAAAGAUCGCAUCAAAUGCAGCUGGACUCAACAUGAAAUGCCAGCACGUGUUGAUGCUAUUGAAAAAUACAUUCAGGGAAAGAAAUAUCAACAAAUUUUGAAGAAAAAAUUUGAUUACGAUACAUUGGAAAAGUUCAAGGAUUUCAUCGAACCGAGCACGAAAAAGAAUCACGAACGGCAAUUAUUCUGCAAAUUAACAUCACGACAUUUGAAUAAAGAUCCACAUCAUAUUAUGAAACAUGUCGAAGGAAAAAAGUUCAAACGAGCCUAUGCUCAAUGGCAAGAAUGUCAAGUGAAUGGAACGGAAUUUGUUUCGGUUGGACGCCGAAAGAAGAAACAAGAAAAAGUAGCAGGAGAUGACGAUGAUGAAUACGUUGAUUUAAGUGAUGAUGAAAUCGUUAUUGAAGAUGACGAUGAUGAUCUCUCAGAUUUAUAUCCUGAUUUUCGUCGUCUACGCGCAAGUGAUCUCAAGGAGCGAACAACCACGAAUGAGAACAUGGUUGACAAUAUGAGCGGAACAAAACGUAAAGCUCAAACAUCACAAGUUAAAAAACCGAAGAAACUGGCAGCACCAAGCUCGAAACGAAUGCGAACAUCUGACGAGAAGAUGUCCAAUGGUGAUGAAUUAGUUAAACCGACGAAAACAAUGACUAUCACCAUCUAA